AUGCUUCGUGCAACGCACCUCAAUGCCGCUGCCUCCGCCUUCUUCAUCCCGCGGGUCAGCUACCUCGGUGUCGGUGCCCUCGACAACGCCAUGGAUAAGGUGAAGUUGUUGGGCUUCAAGAAGCCACUGCUGGUGUCUGACGCGGGCAUCGCGAAGUCGGGGGUUCUCGACAAUGUCGUGAGCAGGCUCAAGGCUAAGUGCCAGAUGGAGCCUGUUAUCUUCACGGACGUGAACCCGAAUCCGACUGUCCACAACGUCGAGGAGGGUCUUGCUCUGCUGAACAGCAAGGCGUGCGACUGCAUCAUUUCUCUCGGUGGUGGCUCGCCACAGGACUGCGCCAAGGGCAUCGCGCUGGUCAAGACGAAUGGCGGCACCAUUCACGACUACGAGGGUCUGGACAAGGCAGCGAAGGAUCAGUUCCCCAUUGUUGCUAUCAACACAACGGCCGGUACGGCAAGCGAGAUGACGCGCUUUGCUGUCAUCACGGACGAGAAGCGCCACACGAAGAUGGUGAUUGCGACCGACACGUCGACACCGCUGAUGGCCAUCAACGACGCGGAGCUGAUGGUUGGCCAGCCGCCCUCUCUGACCGCCGCCACCGGCAUGGACGCCCUCACGCACGCGGUCGAGGCAUACGUGUCCGUGGGCGCGAGCCCUAUCACGGACACCUGUGCGCUGCAGGCCAUGCAGCUCAUCAAGCAGCACCUCAAGAACGCCGUGGAGAAUGGCAAGGACCUUGUGGCGCGCGAAGGUAUGUGCUAUGCUGAGUUCCUUGCUGGUAUGGCCUUCAACAGCGCCGGCCUCGGCUACGUGCACGCGAUGGCGCACCAGCUCGGCGGGUUCUACAACCUCCCUCAUGGUGUGUGCAACGCCAUUCUGCUGCCCCACGUGGAGGAGUACAACGCUACUGUCUGCGCCCACCGCCUGCGCGAUGUAGGACUCCGCCUCGGCGUGAUCACCACCGGCAUGCCGGAGAAGGAUGCGGCAGAUGCGGCCCUCACUGCUAUUCGGCAGCUGUCGCGUGAAGUGGGCAUCCCGCGUGGCUUCAAGGAGCUUGGCAUGCUGGAGAAGGACAUCCCCACGCUCGCGGAGGCGGCGCUGAAGGACAUCUGCGCCGCUGCCAACCCGCGACAGGGCAGCAAAGAGGAUGUGAUGGAGAUUUACCGUGCUGCGCUCUGA